AUGUUGAGCCUGCUUCAUGACCAAAGGUUGCAAUCAACUAUCGCAAUGCAGCCUCCUUCGACUUCACCAUUGCCAUCGCCACGGUCGAGUGGGGUGACCCAACCAAGUUCCGAUGCGAGUGCCUUGACUGCGAAUGGCUCCCAAAGUCCUGAUUUGGAGACCGAGGGACUGUGUCUCUUAUCGUUAGAUGGAGGCGGAGUCCGGGGUCUCUCCUCGCUGUACAUCCUGCGUGGCCUCAUGUUGCGCCUCAAUGAUGAAAGGAAGAAAGUCCACCUCCCGCAGGUCAAGCCUUGCGACAUAUUCGAUCUCAUAGGAGGCACGAGCACUGGCGGAUUGAUUGCCAUCAUGCUGGGUCGCCUGGAGAUGGAUGUCCAAGAAUGCAUUGACGCAUACACUGAGCUCAUGAGCACUGUCUUUGAGAAAAAGCGAGGUCGAUUUGCUAUAGGCUGGAAAGGCGAUGUCAAGGCGCGCUUCUCUUCCAAGGCUCUCGCUGGAGCCAUCAAGAAUGUCAUAGAGAAGAGAGGUUUGUCCGCUGACACGCCCUUUUAUGUCGAGGUUGAGAACGAGGAGACGAGAAGGUGCAAAGUUUUUGUUUGCGCAAAGGCCAAAGAAACCCUUCAUGUGGCAUAUCUUAGGGCGUACCGACUGCCAGGAAGACCAGCUGAGAAAGCCACAAUCCUGGAGGCUGCGCUGGCGACCUCCGCAGCACCGACAUUCUUUGACGCCGUCAAAAUCGGCCAACGGAUGUACGUGGAUGGUGCCAUGGGCGCCAAUAACCCAGUCUUUGAGGUUGAAAAAGAAGCGGCCAACAUCUGGUGUGAACGAACAGGACAUAUUGAGCCUCUGAUCAAAUGCUUCAUCUCAGUAGGAACUGGGGUACCCAGAAUCAAUCCCCUCAGUGACCGCGCAUGGAAAUUCAUGACGGAAAACAUUGUCAAAGUUGUCAACGAGACCACCGAGACAGAGCAAAGCUUUGCAAGUAGAUGGAGAGGGCAUCUAGACAAACGAUAUUUUCGCUUCAAUGUGCAGCAAGGACUCCAGGGGUUGGGUCUGGCAGAAUACAAAGAGCAAGGGCGAAUCGAUGCGGUGACGGACGAAUAUCUCCAACAUCAAAACACCAUACCUCUGGUGUACAAGUGUGUGAUGAAUCUCCGCAGCAAAAAGUAUCCACCAACUCUGGAAUUCUUGGUCGAACAGGCACAAGCACUGGAAGAGCAGGAUGAGAAAACACACCAUGGCUCUGACGAGAUGACCCCGGCCGAGACGGCUGAGGUUUUCGAUCAAGCCAACAAGCUGUUGAACAAGCCGCGCGAGGCCAUCACCCAAGCCGAUCUGGAGAAUGCAUUCAAAGGCUUUUGCCGGGUCCUUGAUGCCAAAAGACAACAGACGACGCUGGCACCCACUCCGAAAGAGCUUGCACGAAUCUACCACAAAAUGAUGUCCACCUGCCUUCAAUUGAGUCACAGUGCAAAACUCAAGCCAGUCCAGAAAACGGCCCAUGUGCGUGACGCGGGGAAUUUUGGUAAGCUGGCGUUACAAAGUGCAAUAGAGUCGGGAAACGGUGACCGGGUUGCGCAGAUGCAAUUCUACCUAGCAUACAUUGAGGCAAGAGAUGUGCAACUCAGGAUGGAGGGACAAGGAGCGCCAGACCAGGCUUUACUUGCAAAGAAACAAUCGGCGAGUGAAGCUGUAUCAAUGGCGUGGGCAACCUUGAGCAGCAUCCCCAAUUUGGACAUGACCGUCUACGAUGCAAUGGCCCAAGAAAUGACAACAUGA